AUUCCUCAAACAGAGAAUUUAUUACACUCAAUACAAUGAAACCCCCCAAAGCGUGCCACGAGUGCCGGAGAACCAAGCGGAGAUGUACACGCCGAAGCGGCCAAGUAGGAGACUCGUGCGAUCAGUGCCAAAUUAAGAGUCUCAAGUGCACAGCUUCCUUGGCCAAUGUCCCGGCCCGAACCCAUGCCCUGCUGCCAAACCCAAGUCCCACGCGGCAUCAAGACACUUCGGUCGACGUUCCUGUUGACGUCGCUAUUCGUCUUGUUGAUUACUACCUCACCAAACUUCACAAUCGACCUCAUAGCUUGUUCCACCCAGCAACCCUGAAGAAACAGGUGCAAAAUGGCUCAAUCAAUAAAGCUCUGCUGCUCUCUAUCUGCAGUAUGGGUGCCAGAUUCGACGCAGAUGAUGAUAUUCGCUCUCUAGAAAGCACAUAUAAUAAUGAGUCUAAGCGCUUGCUUCUGGCUGAUUUGGAAAAUAUCUGUAUCGAGAAUGUGCAGACAUGUAUCUUGAUCGCUAAUCUUUAUGCUGCCCAUCUCAACCCCUCCUCUGAAGCCCUAUUCUUUCGUAUCGGUGUGAACCUGCUACAAAUCAUGGAAGCCGGCACUUGUUCGGCGGCUAGCACAUUGAUAGAUCGCGAGAUAAGGAUACGGGCUUGGUGGACGCUGUACAUGGCUGAUCGCUGGUCAUCCUCCAGUCUUGGACUGGAUCCUCAGAUCCGAGACACCGAUCUUGCUGUUGAUCUUCCAAUGCACGAGCCUAUUUUCGAGUCUCUGUCUCCAGACGAGACGAAACUGAAUCUCCCGUGGCAGCCGGGACUUUGGGCGCACAAGAUCUCGUUAGUUCGCCUCUUUGGACCGAUCAAGGAUCUCAACCAUCGCAGUGUCUACGGAAACAUUGACGAUGAGGAAAUCAAUUCGACUGUUGCGUCCCUCUCCAAAUUGCUAGAUGACUGGGAAUGGACAAUUCCACCGAACGUCAGGCUGAGUACAGAUAAUCUUGAGCGAUUCAUCAAAGCAGGUCAUGGGGGCGCCUUUAUCGCUCUCCACUUGGGCUAUCACCACUACGCCACGCUGCUAUACUUUCGAUUCCUCGAGCCCGCGGCAUCAUCAUCACCUCUGGCAGCGAUGUAUCGAGCGAAGUGCAAGUUCCAUGCUUCUUCAUACAGCGAUCUUCUGAAACUAGCUCGGCAGAAGGAAAAUUGCGAAGUCAUCUACCCGACUGUUGGCCAUAUGGCAGUAGUAUCAUCAUCGGUCCUACUCCAUACGCUUUUGUUCAGUGUGGAUGAAGAUGUCAAACCUGCUCGAGAUGCUCUCAAGUCAAACUUUGAGGCGAUCCUUGAACUGAGACGGUACUGGCCAAAUACUGAAUCCAUGAUUCAUCGACUCGUUACCUUUCAGAAUUAUUGCCUGCUGUCCAGUGAUUACAGAACGCAUACACUUGACGGCUGGAUGCUGCGUUUCUUGAUACAGUACUCACUUCCUUUGGGCGAGAAGGAUGUUGCACCAGUGACGUCGGGCAUGGAUCUUGACAUGGAUAGUUUCUCAGCUCGUACUCAAGCGGUGACUGAACAGGGGAGGUACACAGCAUUUAAUAUUGAUGAUUUGAUUUUAGAUGACAUGCAAAUGUAUUCUAUCGAAGAAAAUACCAGCAAUUAAGAGAUAAAAAAUCAUAGCAGGACAAAAGAAGGAGUCUGAAAAUUAAUCAUUCAGAUACAUAAAUAGAGGGUUUAACAAGACCAACA